AUGUAUCACUGCCUACUGCACUUUACCUACUCUGUUGAAAUGUCAAAGAAAGAUUGGGACUCAGAAAGCAAGAUAUUUGCUAAUCGACUAAAUAGCAGUGCUCGAGAUCUUCGUCUUGGUGAUUCGUUGCUGAAUUGCAUGUUGGGUGGAUCUCCGGGACCAUUGGCAGACAGAUGGCUGGAGCGAACACUUGGGGUUGUAGGAAUCCAUUCUAUGCGCGAAUUUGUUGAAAAGAGAUUCAGCAGUUUGGUGGCAUUCUUGCGAGGUCAGGUAUCAGCUUCAGCGCGAUCGCUCGCUUAUCAAAUGGAUCAGUUCGGAGAGAUAGUGAGAGAAUUGCAGGAUGAGGCGAAUAACCACGAGUUCACGUCUUCCACUCAACGCACCGUUUUAAAUCCGAUAUUUAACGUGCCGUUGGCGGAUACUAUGGAACUCCCGGAUGUCGCUGCAGACUGUGUUUUCGACGCUUUAGAUCGCCAUAAAGCACUUGCAGUAAUUGACCGACUUCAUAAUGAUGGAAUUAGGAUUCAAGCAAAGUGUGUAGAAAUGACACUGGCUGCCACGAAUAAUCUCCGAGAGCUGUCGCAUCUAGUGCGUUGGAUGUCUUUGCUAACGCCACUACUUAAGAACACCAAAAGACCCGCUCAAGUUAUCGAGGAGAAUCGCCAAUGGGACGUUGCGCAGCUUCUAGAGUACAUAGUCCAGACGUUUGUGACGGAACCAGAGGAGCGUGAACGUCUUUCAAAAUCUUUGUUCAAAAUAGAAGAUAUAUUGAAGGUAUUGAUUGAUUGAGA